GAAGCUCCACAACUACAAGAAAAGAAAUUAACUUGAAGUUCAGUGAAGUCAUCAUGGCAACUUCAAGUGAACCUUUUCUAAACACACCUAAAAGAAAAACCUUUUCCUUCAAAUCUCUUUAUAUUUUUCUAGCCCUAGCUGCUGUUGUUUGCUCCAUUGCAAUAGUUUCUAUUGUAUACUUCCAUGGCAGCAAUAACUCUUUUCUUUCCGUAAAAUCCCCCAAUAUUUGUGAACACGCUACUGAUCAAUCAUCAUGCUUAGCCAUAGUGUCAGAAGUAAUAACACCAUAUUCUGCUUCUGCAGCCAAAAACAAGAAGGUAGAAAUUUUACAAAUGAUUUUGCACAAAACAUCAUCCCAAAUCCAAGAAACCACCACGUUUAUUAAAAAUGUCCAACUUCGAAUUAACGAUAAAAGAGAGCAAUCAUCUCUAGCAAUUUGCUUAGAGUUAAUGGACAUGUCUCGUGAAAAAAUCAUGGACUCCAUGGUGGCACUUGGGAAGUUGAGUACUUCUUCUUCGAAUUCGAUUUAUUUUGAUGCUCAUACAUGGCUUAGUGCUGUGCUCACAAACCAUAACACUUGUAUGGAUGAACUUCAUGAUGGUGAAGCCCAAUCCAUUAUGAAGCCCAUUCUCAAAGACUUAAUGUCUAGAGCAAGUGCUUCUUUGGCCUUAAUGGUUACAUUAGCACCAAAAAACUUGGAAGUGCCUAUACAAGGAGAUUUUCCUUCAUGGGUUAGUCCAGCAGAUAGGGAGAUUUUGGAAGCUAAUUCGGAAUUAGCGAAAAUCAAUGCUAAUGUGGUCGUGGCAAAGGAUGGAAGUGGUAAAUAUAAGACUCUUAAUGAAGCUAUUGCAUCAGCACCGGCUAAUAGCAAUAGUCGUUAUGUUAUAUACAUCAAGAAGGGAUGGUACAAGGAGAAUGUUGUGAUAGCUUCAAAUAAGAAAAAUAUAAUGCUUCUCGGUGAUGGAAGGGAAGAUACUGUUAUAACUGGCAACUUGAAUUAUGCUGCUGGAACGGGAACCUUUAAUACGCCAACCGUUGCAUGUAAUGCUGAUGGUUUCAUAGCACAAAAUAUCCGUUUCCAGAACUCGGCAGGUCCACAGGGGCACCAAGCCGUAGCACUUCGUGUUACAGGGGACAAAUCCGUCAUCAACCGCUGCAAAAUAGAUGCCUAUCAAGACACACUCUACGCCCACAACCAACGUCAAUUCUACAAGGAUUGUUACAUAACUGGAACUGUCGAUUUCAUCUUUGGUAAUGCUGCGGUCGUGUUUCAAAAGUGCAACAUUGUUGCUAGGAAGCCAAUGAAAGGACAACAAAACAUGCUAACAGCGCAAGGGAAGACAGAUAAGAACCAAAACACUGGAACUUCAAUUCAAAAGUGUUCAAUAACGCCAAGCAAAGACUUAGCACCAGUUAAGGAAUCUUUUAAGACAUUCUUGGGCCGUCCAUGGAAGAUUUACUCAACCACGGUAUUCAUGGAGUCAUACAUUGAUAACCAUAUAGAUCCAGCAGGGUGGGCCCCAUGGGAUGGUAAUGUUGGAUUGGACACAUUGUACUAUGGUGAGUACAAGAACAAUGGACCAGGUUCUGAUACUAGCAAAAGGGUAACAUGGAAAGGCUACCAUGUUAUUACUAAAGCUUCUGAGGCUAUGAAAUUUACAGUGUCAGGGUUGCUUCAAGGAGGGUCUUGGAUUAAAGAUGCUGGAGUGUCCUUCAUACCUGGGCUUUAAAUUAAACUAGUAUCUUAAUUCUGCCAAGCAUGAACCCGUUUCGGUUAGCAUGUUAAAUAAAAAUACAUGUUUGGAUGGAAUGCAAAAAGUGAUGAUAAUUCUGCCAAGAAUGAACCCGUUUGGGUUAGCAUGUUAAAUAAAUAAAAAUAUGUUUGGGUGGAAUGCAAAAAGUGAUGAUAAUGGGUUA